UAUGGGAAAUAAUUAACCUAAAGAAUAAGCACCUAAACCUACUAUUGAUGAUGCAAUUUUGGAUAUGAAAUUGGCAUCUAAACGAUUUACAAAUGAAUCUAAGAAAUGUGAAAAAGAGAAAGAAAAAUUAAUGAAUCAAGCAAAAGCGACUUUAAAGAAAAACAAUGAGGAAGGUAUUUUUUAAUUAAAUUACUUCUAGGUGCGAAACUGUUUUUAACUUCAGCUAUGAAUAAACAAAGGGAAGCUGAAAAUCUGUAAAAAAUGGCACACAAAAUGGAUUAUCUAUAAGGUGUCAUUAAAUCAAAUACAAAUAGUACAAAAUUAGUUGAUGCUCUUGCAAAAAUUAGUCCAAUUAUGAAUGAAUAAGUAUUAAAAAUAUUUACAGUAGAUCUAAAAUAUGCCAUUAGAGAAGGUUUAUCAGAAUAUGAAUUAAUUUGAAAAGGCUAUGGACGAAAUGUAAGUGCAAGGAAAUAUUAUGACAGGAAUGAUGAAUUAAAAUAACGAUAUUGGAUAAAAUUUAGCUAUAGAAUAAAUGAUGGGAUAAUUAAAAUAAGAAAUACACAGUGAAGUAUGUCAAAAUAUUAACUUUAGGUGUCUAAUGAUUUAAAUGCAAACCCAAAUGUUCUAUUUAAGGAAUUAAAUUAAUAGAAUCCAUAAUAAAAUGUACAGGCAAUUAGUAAUAACUAAAUUAAAUGAU